AUGAUUUUAUUAUGCCAAAUGGUGUAUUUUGUCUUAUUUGCUUCAGUUUCUGGUGACUGUGUGACCAAGCUGUUCAAAGAUACCCUCUUUCAAGGAGGAGACAUAAGCACUGUUUUUACACCAAGUGCCGAGCACUGCCAGGUAGUCUGCACCCACCACCCACGAUGUUUGCUCUUUACUUUUAUGGCUGAAUCACCAACUGAAGACCCUACCAAAUGGUUUACUUGUGUCCUGAAAGACAGUAUUACGGAAACACUGCCAAAGGUGAAUAUGUCAGGAGCAAUUUCUGGAUAUUCUUUCAAACAAUGCCCUCACCAAAUAAAUGCUUGCAACAAUCAUCUUUACGUGGAUCUAGACAUGAAGGGCAUGAACUAUAAAGACUCUGUUGCCAAGUCUGCCCACGAAUGUCAGGAGAGAUGCACCAACGACAUCCACUGUCACUUUUUCACUUACGCCACCUGGAGUUUUCCCAGCGAGCAGCACCGUAACGUUUGUCUACUGAAGUACACCCAAAUGGGGACACCAACCAGAAUAAUGAAGAUCAAUGAAGUGGUGUCUGGAUUUUCAUUGAAAUCUUGUGCACUUUCUAAUCUGGCUUGUAUCAGGGACAUUUUCCCUAGGACAGGGUUUGCAGACAGUAACAUUGACAGCGUCUUGGUUCCAGAUGUUUUUGUCUGUCAGAGUAUUUGUACUCAUCAUCCCAAUUGUUUAUUUUUUACUUUCCUUUCCAAAGACUGGCCAAAAGAAUCUGAAAGAAAUCUUUGUCUCCUGAAAUCAUCUCUAAGUGGAUUACCAAGUACUCGCUAUGGAAAGGACAACGCUUUUUCUGGUUUCAGUCUACAAAACUGCCGGCACAGCGUCCCAGUGUUGUGUCAUUCUUCAUUUUAUCCCGACACUGAUUUCUUGGGAGAAGAACUGGACAUUGUUGACGUGGAAGGGCGUGAAGCCUGCCAGAAAGUGUGCACUGACACCUUACGCUGCCAGUUCUUUACCUAUUCCCCGUCUCAACAACCUAGCAACAAAGGGAAGGGUAAAUGUUACUUAAAACUUUCUUUGAAUGGAUCCCCAACUAAAAUACUUCAUGGGAGAGGAGGCAUCUCUGGAUACACAUUAAGGUUAUGUAAAAUGGAUAAUGUGUGUACAAACAGAAUUAACGCCAGAAUUGUUGGAGGGACUGCCUCUGUUUACAGCGAGUGGCCGUGGCAGAUAACAUUGCACACCACGUCACCCACCCAGAGACACCUGUGUGGAGGCAGCAUCAUUGGGAAUCAGUGGAUAUUAACAGCUGCUCAUUGCUUCAUUGAGGUAGAUUCACCAAAAAUUUUGCGUGUCUAUAGUGGCAUUUUAAAUCAAUCAGAAAUAAAGGAGGAUACAACUUUCUUUGGGGUUCAAGAAAUAAUAAUUCAUGAUCAAUACAAAAUGGCAGAAAGUGGGUAUGAUAUUGCCCUGUUGAAACUCGAAACGACAAUGAAUUAUACUGAUUUUCAACGGCCCAUAUGCCUCCCUUCAAAAAGCGAUAGAAACAUCACAUAUACUGAGUGCUGGGUGACUGGAUGGGGGUACAGAAAAUUAAGAGACAAAAUACAGAAUACUCUCCAGAAAGCCAAAGUUCCCUUGAUAACAAAUGAUGAAUGUCAGACAAGAUACACAGGACACAAAAUAACCAAUAAGAUGGUCUGUGCUGGCUAUAAAGAAGGAGGGAGGGAUGCCUGUAAGGGAGAUUCCGGGGGCCCCCUGUCCUGUAAACACAAGGAGGUCUGGUAUUUGGUGGGUAUCACAAGCUGGGGCGAAGGCUGUGCUCAAAGCGGGCGGCCAGGUGUUUACACCAAUGUGAUCGAGUAUGUGGACUGGAUUUUAGAGAAAACUCAACCGGCAUGAAAAAGUUCCCAGAUGCCAUUUGGCUCCAUGAAGGGCAAGCCAGCUUAUCCCCUGGACGGGGGCUUUGGUUUCACUGCA